UCUCUCUCUCUCUCUCUCUCUCUCUCUCUCAUCUUAUCACACCAGGUUUAGGGUUUCGUAGAAGAAGGCAAGGCAAGAAUCGGAAGAAACCAUGCCGAAGAACAAGGGAAAGGGAGGUAAGAACAGGAAGAGGGGAAAGAAUGAGGCUGACGAUGAGAAGAGAGAGCUGGUUUUCAAAGAGGACGGCCAAGAGUACGCUCAGGUCCUCCGUAUGCUUGGUAACGGUCGCUGCGAGGCUAUGUGCAUCGACGGCACAAAGCGCCUUUGUCACAUCCGUGGAAAGAUGCACAAGAAGGUCUGGAUCGCCGCCGGUGACAUCAUACUCGUCGGUCUCCGGGACUAUCAGGAUGAUAAGGCUGAUGUGAUUCUCAAGUACAUGCCAGAUGAGGCGAGGUUGCUGAAGGCAUAUGGAGAGUUGCCAGAGAACACUAGGCUUAAUGAAGGUAUUGCUGGUGGUUUGGAUGAAGAGGAUGAUGGUGGUGCUGAUGAUUACAUUGAGUUCGAGGAUGAGGACAUUGACAAGAUCUAAAAUUUGCACUUACCAUUCAUGUCUUAGUUUGCCUUGCAUUCUAUCAUUAUAUGAAUGAAUAGAGAGAGAGCUACUUAUGUGUAACGUUGUGCAUUGGGUGUAUGUACAAAGUUUAUGCUUUGAUAGAACAACUACAACAAUACUGCAAUUUAUCAUUUUCUGUGUUCUAAAUGGUUGUUUACUCGUAUAGAAUGAAUUCAAUAAUUUU